AUGACAAUGAAUCAGAAGCCUGAGCGGAAAUUGAGACCCAAAACGCCCGUUCCAGCCAACCAGGAUGAGCUCUUUGACUUUGAUAGGCCUGAAUACGAAAUUUCUCCUUUCAGAAAGCUCAAUAUCCUACCGAGAACUACCAUCCCAGUUACCGGUUAUCAAUUAGAUGAACCUGGGGACACCGAAGAUCAAGCGCUAGCUCGUAAAAGGUUAAGAAGCAAGGGCAUGGCAAUCGAAGUCAAGACACAUAUUCUGGAUAAACUCGAGCCAAGCCCGAAUGACCUCUCCUUAGAUCCCUUAGAAGACGACUUGUACUUGACAUUCCACAAGAAGAUGCAGAAACAGGAAACUCGGAUGCUAAACCAAGACAGACUCCAAUCUGAGGGCGAGGCGGAGCGUUUGGGAGUGAUAUACGAAGAGCUGGGAACCAACAAUUGGGUCAAAUCACUAACAAAAACUACAGUUAUCAAAAACCCCGACGAUCUGCAUGAACUGGAGUUAAAAAGAGAUUUAACAAGGGAAAUCAUAGGCCAGAUGCUUGAAAAGUUCAAAGAUAUGAAAACCAGGGCAAUGCUUCUACCACGCAGCGGGAAGCAUAGCCGUCCUUUAGGUGUUAGCAGACGUAUAGACGCGUACAAGCCGCCAGAAAACGCAUUCUGUAUAAAUGCCUCUUCAGACGAGGAAGAAGAGUUCCUGACAUUACCGGAGCUCAAAAAGCAUCGUCUCGAGGCCCGAAGAAAACGGUACGGGGGCCCGGUUGUUGUCCAGUUUCGAAAGAGUCAGACUACAAAUUACAAAUAUGCAAUAGUUGCGGAGCCCUUACAAUCAGCGUAUAUCGUCAAAUGUUCAAAAGAAGAAAAAGAGAUUUGGUCAAGGGAGGCAGGAUCCCUUCCAGCCAAAAUUGAACAUUAUGCACCCUUUCCUAAACAAUGCUACUCUGCUAAAUCUGCUACUAGGUCGACGAGCCAGGGCCCUAAAGAUCAAGUGAUCUUGAAAGCGGAGGCCUCUUCGCCAGUCAAGAAGACACCAUCAAAGAGGAGAUCAUCCCAACCCUCUCCAAAAAAGACGCGAAAAAGGACUAAAACACACGUACGGGGCCAUUUAGAUAAAACGCUCUCUGAACAUUGA